CAAUUACUUGCAUGAAUCUCCAAGAACCCAAAAAAACAACACACAAAGUGCCAAGCAAGUUCUUACACAGGGCAGGGAUCUUCCUCCAUCCCCGCGCCAAAAGCUAGUUCUUUGACGAUGACAGAUUCAUCAUUACCAAUAUCUUCAGCAAAACACCGUCUACUCACGAAAUCUGCAGACACAUCAAAGCCUAAUUUCAUUCCUUUCACAGGAAGAAAAAGUUUGUCAUUUGCUUUUGGAUUCACGUUUAUCUUUAUACCAUCCACUUUUCUCUUGCUCUAUAUUCAAUCAUUUUCUGGCUAUUCCUUUCCUUUUUCCUCCCUUAUCUCUCACUUUCUCUCAAAUUCUUCAUCUCUUUCUCACCAACACCACACCCUUCUUCAUGUUCCCAACGAAUCUCCGUUAGCUGAUGCUAAAUAUGGGGUUCAUUCUUUGUUUCAAGAAUACAAUCUCACGUCUGAAAAGAACCCUUUAUUAAGUGCUGGUUUAAAUGACACUGUAGCACAACAUGGGAAGAUGGAUGCAGGAAAUGAUUCUCAUGGUGAGGAGGAGCAGCAUUCUUUGAAGAGAGAAAAUGGGAAUAAAAAAAGGGCUGUGGAGAAAGAGAGAGUUGAAAGUGAUGUGCUGGCAUUGGAUUCAAAAGGGAGAGAUAGGAACACGAAAAUUGAGAAAUGGGUGAGGAAAAUGGAGCAGUGCAAUUGGUUUGAUGGGAAAUGGGGGAAGGAUGAUUCUUACCCUAUAUUUGCACCAGGAUCUUGUCCUCAUAUUGAUGAACCUUUCAAUUGUUUUAUUAAUGGAAGGCCUGAUAGUGAGUAUCAAAAAUAUAGAUGGCAACCAAGGCAUUGCAAUAUCCCGAGGAUGAAUGGUAAGAUUAUGUUGGAGAUGUUAAGAGGGAAGAGAUUAGUCUUUGUCGGUGAUUCUCUCAAUAGGAACAUGUGGGAAUCUCUGGUUUGUAUUCUUCGAAAUUCGGUGGAAGAUAAGUCUAAAGUAUUCGAAGCCUCUGGCAGAGAAGAAUUUCGAUCGGAGAGUUCUUACUCCUUCAUAUUCGAAGAUUACAAUUCCUCGGUGGAAUUCUUUCAAUCACCAUUUCUUGUUCAAGAAUGGGAAAUGGAAGGUAAAAAUGGAUCGAAGAAGGAAACUCUCCGCCUUGAUAUGCUUGAGAGAUCAUCCGACAAGUACAAAACAGCAGAUGUUCUGAUAUUCAACACAGGACAUUGGUGGACUCAUGAGAAAACUUUGGACGGGAGGGGUUACUAUCAAGAAGGUAGCCAUGUCUACAGUCAAUUGAACGUCGACAAGGCAUUUCGGAAAGCUUUGAGAACAUGGGCUAGAUGGGUGGAAACAAAGACGGAUCCGUUCAAGACCCUUGUUUUCUUCAGGGGAUAUUCUGUUUCUCAUUUUAGAGGUGGAGAGUGGGAUUCUGGUGGUAAAUGUGACAGUGAGACCAAGCCACUUAUGGAGGAGACUUAUUUUGAAGAAGAUCCCCCAAUGGUGAAGAUUCUGGAGUCGACACUCAAGCGUAUGAAGACACCAGUAUUCUAUCUAAACGUUACAAGAAUGACAAAUUUCCGGAGGGAUGCACAUCCUUCAGUAUAUAGGGAGCAAAAUAUGACUGAAGAGGAGAGGUCAUCGUCGAGAGUCCAAGAUUGCAGUCAUUGGUGUCUCCCUGGGGUUCCUGAUACAUGGAAUGAGAUCAUAUACAGUCAUUUGCUCUUCAAACAUAAGCAGAAGGAACUAAAGCCGAAGCAGCGUCUGGUACACAAUUCAAUGAGACUCCAUUAAUCGGAAAGUAGCCCAGCAAAUCGACAAGCUGUAACAGUUCAACAUUCAUAUUAACUUUAUGAUUGUCAUGACAUAAACUUUUCAUCACACUGGUGAAUUUUAUGUUAAUAUAUAUAUGUCAUGUAGCCAAUCCAAUAUUGGUUACACGUCGCCAUGAAUUUAUUAAUGC